CUUGGUCUAUCGCAAACUCGGGGCGGGGUGUGGUGUUGCGGCGUGCGACGAGCUGAAGUUGCAAGUUAAAAAAAAUACGGCGCCGUGUUCUUUGGUAUAAGAGAGCACAGCCUCCUUUCAUCAACCGGCGGAGGAGUCGCGGACGGGGGUCUGGGCUACAAGACCCGUUGUCGUCGUCAGCCGUGGGCCCCGUAGGUUGUCUCUCUGCGCCCAACUCCAGUGGGCAAACGUUUCGAGCGAUGGCUGUCAAAGCCGAGGAUUUCGUAACAACGUGAUGCUGCCGAGUAGCAAGCGGGGGUGGUGAGGUAGUGAUAUGAAGAACUGGAAACCCAAGACACUUUUUGGCGGGCUUCUUCAGGAGAACGGCGCAACCUGACUUUGGCUGUAGGGGGGGCUAGCGCGGAUUGCCUUGGGACGUCACAGCCCUGCCUGUAAAAGCCGGCCCCUGCGAAGAAGUGUUUCGGAGUGGCUGACAGCAGCCAAUCACCGACACGAGGCCGCCUCAGAGCUGUCCCAUGAAGAGUGACUAAGCAACUUUCUUGACCUGCAUUGGCGGACCCUAGCUUCACUUACAGUAACUCAUCUCAACUAUUCAUCAUUCAUUCAUUCGCUCACUCACAACGGGCCAUAUCUGACACAGUCACCAGCGCAUUUGACGCUUUUCCAAACCGACCUCACAAACCAAUCCAGAACAGCAAGACCGAUUCUUCGCAUCAGACAAAAUGGUCUGCGGAAAAUGCCAAAAACUCAGCUCAACCACACUAGCCACGCCGGGCGUCAAGAAGAAGAGUGAGAUGUACUACGGCUCAGCCGCCUCAUCAUCAGCAUCGUCGUCCAAAUCAGCCACCCUCGGGCAGAACGGCGUUUCCAAGAGCAAGCUGCUGUCAAAAGCGGCGAAGAACCCAUAUGCUCAGUAUUCGAGUUCUUGCACGCAAUGCAAGACCAAGGUAAACCAAGGGCACACCUAUUGCCACAAGUGCGCAUACAAGGCAGCUGCCUGCGCCGUGUGUGGUAAGCCAGAAAAGAAAAAGUCAGCAGCAGCGCCAAUUGUGGAUGGCACCAAGAGGUCUCUGAAGUGAGUGAUGAAGAUGGGACUGGUGGAGGUCGGGUCAGAAGGUCAGGCGCCAGGCAUCGGGAACUGACGCGAGGUGUGUAUCAUUCCCUGGGUUUCGUGUUCAUUGCUAAGUCAGGCGUUUUGGCGCAUUUCCCGGGCGGUCUCGUUCAGAAUUCUCAGUCAUAACAAACAUAGUAAAAUCGAAAUUAUCCUAAACAACCGUAUUAUAUCAUAA